CGAAUAUAAAAAAAACCCAAUCGUUAAAACCCAUUGCCUUCCUAAUCUUUUCGUAACUUGAACAGAACAACCCAUUCAUCCACUCACUAAAUAGACAAAAAAAAAAAAAAAAAAAAAAAAAAACAGAAGAACCUUGGAUGAAAAGAAACGUGAGUAACUCUGAUGCCACAUCCCAAGGAUCAAAACGAGCUCCCAACCGUUACAGAGCUUCUCCAGCUACACUGCUAGCUAAGAUUUGCAGGUAGUAACUUGCUACAUUUCCCUCAUCAAAAUAAAAUCCCAACUUCAUCAUUUCCUCACAUAUUGUCACUUCUGAUAAAGGUCUCAGCAGAAAUGUCCGUCGAAGCCCAGAUAAAAAGCUCCAGCACCCCCUCUCCUUCUAAUUCCAUCACCUCGCCUGUUGAAUGCUCCCUCAAAAGCUUGAUGGAUAUAGCAUCGCUUAUCGAGACUGGCUCGUGCAAGAAGGAGGUUUUUCAUAUAGCUCGUGCUGUUCGCCUUACUAAUAGCUUGAAGAAGAAGCUGGCGGAGCCUAAUCUGCUCCAAGCUUUUUUGGAUUUUGCCCUUUCUCCAGGCUCUGAGCUGCAUAACCGACUAUCUGGAUUUCUUCAUCAUCAGAGAGGUGAGCUUGGAAUGGAAGCUGAUUCUGCAACAUCCGCUCCAGCAAAACGCGUUUCUCCAGAGCUUGAGAUUUACUGUUACUUGCUUAUGCUGCUAUUUCUGAUUGAUCAGAAUAGAUACAAUGAGGCUAAAGCUUUCUCCUCGGCUGCUGUUGUUCGAGUGGAGAACCUAAGCAGAGGUGCUGUUGAAACUGCUGGUGUUCUAGCAUCUAGGGUGUACUUUUAUUAUUCGUAUAUCCAUGAGGUCAUAGAUGAUCUUGCUGAAAUUCGUUGGGACCUUCUUCACUUGCUUACCAUUUCGACUUUGCACCAUGAUGACCUGGGUCAGGUUUGUUGCCAGUCAACCUGGAUGUUGUUUACUUUGCAAAUUCAGUUUCUCAUAUGCGAUACAAUGACAAUGAAGCAGGAAACACUUCUCAAUCUGUUGCUUCGUAAUUACCUGCAUUACAACUUCUAUGACCAGGCAGAGAAAUUGAGGUCAAAGGCACGGCGAUUUCAAUCACACACAAUUCAGCAGGUUUGUCGAUACCUGUUUUAUCUUGGAAAGAUUCAGACAAUACAGUUGAAGUAUAAAGAUGCUAGAGAGAGUCUCCUUCAUGCUGCUCGGAAAGCUCCUGUUGCAGCUCAUGGCUUUCGAAUUCUGUGUAGCAAAUGGGCUGUCCUUGUUCAUUUACUAUUGGGAGAAAUACCUGAGAGGACAACCUUUAAGCAGAGUGGAAUGGAGAGGGCUUUGAGGCCAUACUUCAUGCUUACAAAUGCUGUACGAAUUGGUGACCUGGAGCUAUUUAGGAAUGUUGCAGAAGAUUUUGCUGGUUUUUUCGGAUCAGACAAAACCUACAAUCUGAUUGUUCGACUGCGACAUAAUGUCAUCAGGACCGGGCUACGCAAAAUCAGCAUCUCCUAUUCCCGGAUCUCACUUGCUGAUGUUGCUGAAAAAUUGAAGCUGGACUCUGCAAACCCUGUUGCAGAUGUCGAAAGCAUCACAGCGAAGGCCAUCCGUGAUGGUGCAAUCCACGCUGUUUUAGAUCAUGCAAAUGGGUGGUUGGUAUCAAAGGACACCGGAGACAUUUACUCUACAGCCAAGCCACUCGCUGUCUUCAGCUCUAGGAUUGCUUUCUGUCGUAACUUGCAGAAUGACGCAGUCAAGGCCCUGCGGUUCCCGCCAAAGACACAAGAAGAGAGAGACUCCGAUGAGUACUGGAGAGAAAGCCAAGUGCUUGAUGAAGAAAUAGCAAGGGAAUACAUGGACGAGGAUGAGACUUAUUUUUAGAAAGACUACGAUGCCCCAUGUUUCUGGUCUUCAUUCUCCACUUUCUACAUUUCCUAUUCCUAAACAAACAUGUUUGUUUCAGUAUCAUAUGGAUAGUACUCUGUAUUUCCAUGGUGGAAUCACUAGUUUGAUCUAAUGUUACAAUCCCCAUUUUAGAUAUGCUAUGUACCUGGGGAUGAAUUAUCUCGGACAGACCGUAGAUGACCACCGUUUUUUACCAAGACUACAUUCACUUUUAUGGUUGGUGUCGUUGUGGACCGACUCCAUAUAUGCUGUUUCUAA